AUGGCGCAGGACCUGAUGGCCUUUGAUGCCAAGAGCCCUGCCCAUGCAAAGGUGGAGCAAAAGCCAGAGGAUCUCCUGAGCAGCUUCGAUCCCUUGACAGCCGCUGCUGCACCCACGUCCAGCAAGGCGGCCAGCUCCCUGGAUCUUCCGCCUGCUGUGGCUGCUGCUUUCAAUGCACCAGCAGCCACCUCGGCAAGUGCUCCCACAGCAGAAGAACAGCGAGCGCAGAUGAUGCGGGCUGUGCAGGAGGAUGCCAAGAAGAUGCACGAACAGAGCGGGAAAGCAGAGCAAGAAGACCCCUUCAAGGGCUUGUGA